GUCCCGAGCCCUGACAUGGUUCUAGCUUCUAGCGCCGCAACACGGCCGAAGCUACACUCCAAGCUUCCCCCAUUCCCAAAUCUCGCCCAAACCAUGGCGACGAUGGUCGCCGCUUGCCACUCCCCAGCUCGCCUCUCAGUCUCCUGCUCUUCCUCCUCGUCGGCUCGCCCGCUGCGCGUGGCCGUGGUGGGCGGCGGGCCUGCCGGCGCGUCGGCGGCCGAGGCGCUGGCCUCCGCGGGCGCCCAGGCGUUCCUCCUGGAGCGCAGCCCGGCGGGGGCCAAGCCCUGCGGCGGCGCCAUCCCGCUCUGCAUGCUGGACGAGUUCUCCAUCCCUCUGGAGCUUGUCGACCGCCGCGUCACCCGCAUGCGCGUCCUCUCCCCCUCCAACCUCGCCGCCGACUUCUCCAAGACGCUCCCCCCGGGCGCGCACAUCCCCAUGCUCCGCCGCGAGGUGCUCGACUCCUUCCUCCGCCGCCGCGCCGCCGACGCUGGCGCCACCCUCGUCCCGGGCCUCGUCACCUCCCUCUCCCUCCCCGCGGGGCCCUCCGACCCCUACCUCGUCCACUACAUCUCCUCCGCCGCCGCCGACGGCCGGAGCGUGCUGGAGGUGGACGCCGUGGUGGGCGCGGACGGCGCCAACAGCCGGGUCGCACGCGAGGUCGGCGCCGGCGGGUACUCGACGGCCAUCGCCUUCCAGGAGCGCAUCCGGCUCCCCGACGCGGCCAUGGGGUACUACGACGACCUGGCCGAGAUGUACGUGGGCGGGGACGUGUCCCCGGACUUCUACGGCUGGGUGUUCCCCAAGUGCGACCACGUGGCCGUCGGCACGGGCACCGUGGCCGCCAAGCCAGACAUCAAGAAAUUCCAGGCCGGCAUCCGCGCGCGGGCCGGGCCGAAGAUCGCGGGGGGGAAGGUGAUCAAGGUGGAGGCCCACCCGAUCCCGGAGCACCCGCGCCCGCGCCGCGUGGUCGGCCGCGUGGCGCUCGUGGGCGACGCGGCGGGGUACGUCACCCGGUGCUCCGGGGAAGGCAUCUACUUCGCGGCCAAGUCCGGGAGGCUCUGCGGGCAGGCCAUGGCGGAUGAGUGGCGGGUGACCGGGAAGGUGACCGAGGGCGGGAUCAGGCAAGGGUACCUCCGGGCUUGGGACGACGAGUUCCUGCUGACGUUCCGGUUCCUGGACCUGCUGCAGCGGGUGUUCUACGGGGGCAACGCGGGGCGGGAGGCGCUGGUGGAGAUGUGCGCCGACGAGCACGUGCAGCGGCGGACGUUCGACUGCUACCUCAACAAGCGGAUGGCGCCGGGGGAGCCGUGGGCCGACCUCCAGCUGCUCUGGCGCACGGCCGGCAGCAUGGUGCGCUGCAGCGUACUCGGCAAGGAGGUCCAGCGCCUCCGCCGGCUCGAGAUGCUGCAGCAGGCUACCUGAAAUGUGUAAUCCUUGUGUACUUGAGCAAUAACGUGGUGAGUGUGCUGUGUAGCAUUUCUGAUCUGUAUUGGCUGUUUGGCUGCAUGUAAUGCAAGCAUGCGAGUCUCAAUUUGGUAAUCGGGGUAGCCUUUUUUAGGCCCUUUUAUGUUUGGUAUGGGGAAUUUUUAUGAAAUGCAACCACUGGCCACUACUUUACCCUAUGUA